GUCCUCCGCCUCUAGCGGCAGACGGUGGAUGGGUCCCCGCGGACCUGGAUCGGCCCGUGUGUUCCGGGGACGUAAGAGCCAGCGCUCGCCAGCUCCUCAGGGGUGGCCUCUGCGUCAAGGGGAGCAGCCGGAGCCAAGGCGCUGGAGAGAGAGAGAGAGGACGCCAAAUGUAGAGAGAGCCUGGAGCAUCCUGGCACUUGCCUCUCUCUCUCCCCCCCCCCCGCCCUCCUGAGCAUCAUCUCGCCUCGGCCCCUUCACAGGUUCUCCUGCGCAUCGCCUUGGCGAGCCAGGCGAGGUCGAGGCGUGGGUAGGUGGGUGAGUGAGUGAAUGGGGGCUCCCGGGUUUUUGCGCAUGGCUCUCCGGCGGGGCUGACGGUCCGUUCAGCACCAGGGACAGCGGCAAAGCGCUCCAGCACCACGGAGAGCGCGCCCUUGCCCCGAGAGAGGAAGCGCCGGCUUGGACUUCAGCACCACGGACAGCGGCCGAAAGGUGGGGGGCGACUUAGAAGGAACUUGGGCUGGGUUAGAGAUUGCGGUGCCCCCCCCCCCAAAACAACUCAGAGAAGCCUCCAUUCUCUGCAGUCUCCCCACCUCCACACACACACACACACCUCAUUCAAUCCUAGGAGCUGCCGGAACCGCCUGCACCACUUGGAUUGUAACCCCCCCAUAUUGGAGGGGGUGUGUGGAACGCGUAAGGACAGAGGCAAUGUCUUUAUUUUGAGGGAGAAGAUUCCUCGCCCACCCGCUUCAAUGGCUCUUCUGAUCUGCCUCUGCCUCCUUGGGAUCCUAAGAAGGACCCUGGGCACAGACACGGAAGAGCGGCUGGUAGAACAUCUCCUGGAUCCGUCACGGUACAACAAGCUGAUCCGCCCGGCCACCAAUGGAUCCGAGUUGGUCACUGUGCAGCUGAUGGUAUCAUUGGCCCAGCUCAUCAGCGUGCACGAGCGGGAGCAGAUCAUGACCACCAACGUGUGGCUGACCCAGGAAUGGGAGGAUUAUCGCCUUACGUGGAACCCAGAGGAGUUUGAUGACAUGAAGAAGGUGCGGCUGCCAUCCAAACACAUCUGGCUUCCAGAUGUUGUGCUCUACAACAACGCCGACGGGAUGUACGAGGUAUCCUUUUACUCCAACGCCGUGGUCUCCUACGACGGCAGCAUCUUCUGGCUCCCUCCGGCCAUCUACAAGAGUGCCUGCAAAAUCGAGGUGAAGCACUUCCCCUUCGACCAGCAGAACUGCACCAUGAAGUUCCGCUCGUGGACCUACGACCGGACGGAGAUCGACCUGGUGUUGAAGAGCGAGGUGGCCAGCUUGGAUGACUUCACCCCCAGCGGGGAGUGGGACAUCAUCGCCCUGCCGGGACGGCGCAACGAGAACCCCAACGACUCCACCUACGUGGACAUCACCUACGACUUCAUCAUCCGCCGCAAGCCGCUGUUCUACACCAUCAACCUCAUCAUCCCUUGUAUCCUCAUCACCUCCUUAGCCAUCCUGGUCUUCUACCUGCCUUCCGACUGCGGCGAGAAGAUGACCCUCUGCAUCUCGGUCCUCUUGGCCCUCACCGUCUUCCUGCUUCUGAUCUCCAAGAUCGUGCCGCCCACCUCGCUGGACGUGCCGCUGGUGGGCAAGUACCUGAUGUUCACCAUGGUCUUGGUCACCUUCUCCAUCGUCACCAGCGUCUGCGUGUUGAACGUCCACCACCGCUCGCCCACCACCCACACCAUGCCGCCCUGGGUCAAGGUGGUCUUCCUGGACAAGCUGCCCACUCUCCUCUUCAUGAAGCAGCCCCGGCAGAACUGCGCCCGCCAGAGGCUGCGCCAGAAGCGGCAGAACCAGGAGCGGACGACCGGGAGCUUCUUCCUCCGCGAAGGAGCCAGGUCCUGCACUUGCUACGUCAACCCGUCCACGGUCAAGAAGUUCGGGACGGGGAGCGGCGGCGAUGGCGGGGGAAGGCCCUUUACGGAAACGUCGGAGCCGGGAGUCAACGGUUACCGGGACAGGCCAGGUCAAACGGUGCCACCGCCAGGCCCCUGUUGCUGCGGCCUGGAGGAGGCUGUGGACGGAGUACGCUUCAUCGCGGAUCAUAUGAAGAGCGAAGAUGACGACCAGAGUGUGAGCGAGGACUGGAAGUACGUUGCCAUGGUGAUCGACCGCCUCUUCCUGUGGAUCUUCGUCUUCGUCUGCGUCUUUGGCACCAUCGGCAUGUUCCUGCAGCCUCUCUUCCAGAACUAUGCCACCAACUCCCUCUUGCAGAUCAACCACGGUGGUUCCGACUCCAAUUAGCGUCUGGGCUCGCUCUUCUCCUUGGCCAAGCUUUUCGGAGCGAGCGAAGAGAGGCAGGCCAAGGAAGAUUAAAGAGAGAGGGAGGGAGGAGGGAGGGAGAUGGAGCGGGACAGAGAGACACCCUACCUGAUCCCUACUUUUACGGACGCCGGCCUGAGGCGCGCUCAGUAAGGGACUGCAGGCCCUUUCCCCUGCUGUCUGCCAUCGCCCCGGCUCAAGCUUCAGUCCUGAAAACAGAGCCUUGCUUGCAGAGAAGCAGACCAGAGCCAAAAUGAAAAUACUGGAAUAGGUUGGUUUCUUCCGGGCUGCCAGAAUGAUAUGGUAGCUCAACAGUAGAGCACCUGCUUUGCAUGCGGAAGGUCGUAGGUUUGACCCCCAGCUUCCCCACUUAAAAAAAAUAAUGGGUGGUGGUGGUGGAAAAGGUUGCAGCAGGGUCAAGCCUGGCUGUCUUAUCCACUUAUUUUAGGCAGCUUCCUCCAUUCCCAUUGAUGGGAGGUGUCAGUUCCAAGCAGCCAGGAGGAGUCAGUUCCUUCCAAGAGGCUGAGGUCAAGUUCCUGGAUGCGUUAUGGGGCACAGGGGGCAGUGAGUCUUGCAGCCUCAAGGGCAUUUUGGAUACGGACUACAGCUUUUUCCCUGCCCCCCACCCCAUACCCCCUGGCUUGUGCCAAUUACGGGGAACCAGCUCCCAACUCAGGGAAAAAUCAUCAUCAUCUAUGUGUCUAUAUAUAAUUAAAUACCCACAUCUACACCCUCCAUCUCUGAGGAGCAGCUGCAGAUUGGAAGGCCACCCUGGGGCGCAACCCUCGGCGGGGAGAGGUGUGGGGUGGGGAGAGCCUGACAGGAAAAAAAAGGACAUUUCGCAGGGGGGAUUCCAUGAGAUUUGACCAAUUCAUCCACAAGGUCAGGUGGUAACCCUGCGCGAAGAAGGGACUCUCAGGAUCUCUCAGGACAGACUGAUGCCAGGACCAGCUCCCCUAACCAUAUGUGUGUUUGUGGCCGGAGGAGAUGGAGCGUAGACUGGUGCUCCAGCCACCCAGGGUCCGCUUCAGGCGGGGUCUUCCACUCUGGGCCAUCACCAGCAGCCUCGGUAGAGAGACGUGUCCCCCCCACAGAGCCAUUGGGUGUGUCUUCCUGGGCCCCUCCUCCUCUGCUCCUGAAAAGCCAAACGCUGACACCGCAAUACCAAUAAAAUAGGUCACAUAGA